UUGGGGAAUGCUACCUCAUAAAAGGCCAACUUCGGAUACCAACACCUUGGCCUAUCUGACUGUUAUUAUGGUCUAAGACAAAGGCCGCUAUAACUCCCGUAUAUCCCCAGAUUCCGGUCAAGAUAUAUGGCCCCACUUGGGUUUAACAAUCUAAUUUUGGGGCGCAAAUUGCAGUAAUGGCCGCCAUUUGAAUUGCAGGUUAAUUGCGCUAUCGAUUACGUCUUAGUCACUAUCAGUGCGUAUCACUAUCAAAAACCGGAGAACAGACAAGAGGCGUAUUAAGUUGACCACUUUAUCGCCGGACGGGUUGACGCGUUGUGCCAAGUGCAAAAGCGUAGAAGAUGGAGGCUCUCCGGGCAAACAAUCAACCGACGUCAGGGAAGCGUUGAAAUCGUUAAAAGCCCGUUUACCCGUCCGUUUUGGCUCACUUUGAAUCCGACAAGCGCCGCGAACAUAUGGAGCAAUGGAUGCUUCUAAACAAACGAAUUUAAAACGCGAGCCUAAUCCGUUUAUCAAGGCCAAUAUAAUCUCCAAGUGGCUGUUCCUAUGGAUGCAUAGUGUUUUCCGCAAGGGUAGACGGGAGGAGUUGGAUGCCAGUAAAUUGUACGAACACCUGUCCAGUUUCGACAGUGAGUCCCUGACCAGGAAUCUGCAGCCCCACUGGGAAGUGGAGUCUAAGAAAAAGAAUCCCAGUCUUAUGCGACUGAUCUUUCGCGUUUACGGCUGGCAAUUUGUUCCCGUUUGUGUUCUAUAUUCUUUGCUGGAAAUGUCCAUUCACUCCUUCCAGCCUUUGUUGCUCGGAGGAUUGAUCUCGUACUUCGCUAAUGGCCAGACGACUGUGACGAAGGAGAGUGCCUAUUUGUAUGCCAUGGGCAUUGUCCUGUGUUCCCUGGUCACCUCCUUGGUGUUCCAUCCCUUCAUGUUCCACGUCUUUGCGGUGGGAACGAGGGUUAGAUUGGCCUGUGCUGGCCUGGUUUACCGGAAAUGCCUCCGCGCCUCAGCAAGCAGUGGCGAAGGUCUCGGAGGUCUUGCCAUUUCAGUGAUGUCCAUCGAUCUGUCCCAAUUCGAUUUGACUUUCUACUUCUUUCACGAUCUGUGGAAGGGACCUGUGGAGGCCUGCAUCUUUGGCUACCUCAUGUACCGCCAGGUGGGCUGGACAUCCCUGAUUGGGAUAGCCUUCAUUGUGAUUUUGAUACCCUUCCAGGCCUGGGCGGCCAAAGCUGCUGCACAUUUCGGAUCCCAAUCCGCCAAGCAUCGGGAUGAGCGUGUGAAACUAAUGAACGAAAUUAUCAGUGCCAUCCAGGUGAUCAAGAUGUAUGCGUGGGAGAAGUCCUUUGGACGUCUGAUUGCGUCAGUGAGACAGUCAGAGGUGAAGGCCAUUCGGGGAUCCAUGAGCAUCUACGCAGCCCUGCAGUGCACCAACAUGAUCUCAAAGAUAUCGCUUUUCCUCAGCCUGGUGGCCUAUGUUUAUGUGGGUGAUCUUGUGACGGCCAAGAAGGUCUUCAUCCUUUCUUCGUACUACGGCUUGCUGAACGAUUCCCUGCUGCACUAUUGGCCCAUGGCUAUUACCACUUGGGCUCAGACUCUGGUCAGUGCACGUCGUGUGGUGGAGUUCCUGCUGCAAGUGGAGAAACCUGGAGAAGAGUCCUGCUGCCGAGACAAUCCAGGAUUGGAAUUGGAUGCGGAGAAACCGAAACCGUCGCAAAGUGGCCGCCUGCAUUGCGUAAAAAGUGAGGCAAAGUGCCUGAGUUUCCAGAAAGUUAGCGCCAGUUGGGACAAGCCGAGCAUAAAGCAUCCCAGGAAGCCCCAUAUUAAGAGCCUGUCCUUCCACAUCAACGCUAAUCAGUUUGUUGGCAUUGUGGGUAACGUGGGCUCUGGAAAGAGCACCCUUCUCCAUGCCAUUCUGGGUGAGAUUGAGCUGAUGCAGGGACGCGUGGAUAUCCAUGGCCGGAUCAGCUACGCCGCCCAGCAGCCCUGGGUUUUUCAGGGCAGCAUCAGGGAGAAUAUACUGUUUGUGGAGCAGUACGAGGAGAAGCGAUACCGAGCUGUGGUUCAUGCCUGCCAGUUGGACAGGGAUCUGGAACUGCUGCCUCGAGGUGAUGCCACUGUGGUGGGCGAGCGAGGAAUCAGCCUGAGUGGCGGCCAAAAGGCCAGGAUUGCUCUAGCCAGAGCUGUGUACCGACAAGCGGAUAUCUACCUAUUUGAUGAUCCUCUAGCCGCCGUUGAUGCCCAAGUGGGCAAACUGCUGAUGGACAAGUGUUUCCAUCGUCUACUGGAGGGAAAAAUGCGCAUUCUAGUCACCCAUCAUGUCCAGCUGCUCAAGACUGUGGAUCACCUUCUGCUUCUGGAAGGAGGUAAACUCACCCAGCAGGGUAGCUAUGAGGAACUGAAAGAUGUGAUCACACAUCAUGCCGCUCUGGAUCUGGAGGCCAUCGAGGCGGACAAACAGCAAGUGAAACGGGUGCUCAGCCAGGUGGACAGGACCUCGAAGCAGCUCAGCAAGGGAGAGGAAGAUGAUCCAACCGCAAGCCAGGAGGAGGAUGAUCAUGCUGAGCAGCAACUACAGGGAGCUGUGAGCUAUGAUACCUACAAGGCCUACUUUCGUGCUCUGGGAGCUCCAUUCCUGGUCUGUUUGGUCCUCUCCAUGUUUGUGUUUGCCCGAGGAUGCCAGGCGGUUAUGGACAUCUUCAUCUCCCGCUGGGCAACUUGGGAGGAGGAUCGCGGCUAUAAUUCGCAGGACGACGAAAGCACAAGGACUAAGAUGGUCACCUGGUACUCGGUGCUCCUCUUGCUCACUUUAGCUCUAUACCUGCUACGAACCUUUGGCUUCUUCUUUAUGUGCCUGCGGAUUUCCUUGACGUUGCACGAUCAGCUUUACCAUGGCAUAAUCCGCGCCUGGAUGUACUUCUUCAAUGCCAAUCCUUCGGGAAGAGUGCUCAACAGGUUUUCCAGUGACAUUCAAAAUGUGGAUGUGGCCCUGCCGCAGGCCAUGAUGGAUUGUCUUCAGUUCCUUGUGGAUGUGGUUGCUGUGCUGGUGAUCGUGGCUAUUGCCAACUACUGGCUCCUCAUUCCAGCGGCUAUUAUGGUGCUGCUCCUGUAUCUGAUUCGUGCUCUUUACAUUGGCGCCAGUCGAAGUCUGAAAAGGAUUGAGAGUUUGACCCGAAGUCCAAUCUAUUCGCACACAAACCAAACCUUCCAUGGUCACUCCACUAUUAGGUCAAUGGACGCCAUGCCACAGCUGGAGCAGACUUUCCAUGGCCACCAAAACACGAACUCCUCGGCCCUUUUCCUCUAUGUGAGCGCCAAUCGAGCGUUUUCCUUCUGGACGGAUCUGAUUUGCGUGGUCUAUAUCCUAGCAGUGACUUUCAGCUUCCUGGUUAUCAAUCAGAGCUUUUACAGUGGCGACGUGGGUUUGGCCAUCACGCAGUCCAUGACUUUGGUGAUCAUGUGCCAGUGGGGAAUGCGCCAGACUGCCGAAAUGGAGAACAACAUGACCAGUGUGGAGCGAGUUCUGGAGUACGCCCAGAUGCCAUCGGAGCCACCGCUGGAAAGUGCAAAGAGUGUGAAUCUUGCCGCUGAAUGGCCGCAGGCUGGACACCUCCAGUUCCGGGAUCUCCACAUGCGUUAUGCUCCAGGAGAUGAGGAUAUCCUGAGGGGUCUUAACUUUGAGACCCAGCCCAUGGAGAAAAUUGGCAUUGUAGGUCGCACGGGAGCUGGAAAAUCCUCCAUUAUUCAAGCCCUAUUUCGAUUGGGUCUUAAUGAGGGAACCAUCGAGAUCGAUGGGCUGGAUAUUGGUCAUUUGGGUCUCCACGAUCUACGCAGUCGAAUCUCAAUCAUUCCUCAGGAUCCAGUGCUGUUUUCUGGCACUCUGCGCUUCAAUCUAGAUCCAUUUGAUGAGAAGAGCGAUGAAUCGUUGUGGAGUGCCUUGGAGGAUGUGAAACUAAAGAAACAUGUCGCUUCUUUAGAAGGAGGUCUCUCCUGUCACAUGCAGGAUGGUGGCUCCAACUUCAGCAUGGGUCAAAGGCAACUGGUGUGCUUGGCAAGAGCUAUUCUGCGACAAAAUCGAGUCCUGGUUAUGGAUGAAGCCACUGCCAAUGUGGAUACAGAAACUGAUAUCCUGAUCCAGGAGACCAUCCAGACCAAGUUCGCCGAGUGCACAGUUCUAACAAUCGCGCACAGAUUGCAUACUGUGAUGGAUAAUGACAGUGUUCUGGUAAUGGAUGCUGGGCAGAUAGUGGAAUUCGGAGCACCUCACAAGCUUCUGCAGCGUAAGGACGGAGCUCUUCUAAAGCUGGUCAAUCAAAAUGAUGCUGCUACCGUUAAGUUUCUCAAAAAGAUCGCAUCAGAGAGCUACAUGCGCCGCAACAAAAGAAACUCCUUUACAAUAGCAGAGGAGUGAGCAGGAAUCGCCUCCGGAUACAGGACCAAUCUCAAGCCGCGGCUUUCAGAAAUCGUACUGCCUCGA